AUGAAAACUUUAUUAAAUCUUGGAAAAGGUGAUGUUCACAUUGUAGGCAUCUAUGGCAUGGGUGGAAUCGGAAAAACAACCUUAGCUAAAGCUGUUUAUAACCAAAUAUAUAAUGGGUUUGAAGGAAGCAGUUGUCUUUUAAAUAUUAAAGAAAUUUCAGAACAACCUAAUGGUUUAGUUCAGUUACAAGAACAACUUCUUUCUGAAGUCUUAAAAUCCAAGAACUUGAAGAUUGCCAAUGUUGAUAAAGGAAUCAAUUUGAUUAAGGAAAGAUUUCGUUGUAAAAGAGUUCUUGUUAUUCUUGAUGAUGUGGAUAACUUGAAACAACUCAAUUCAUUAGCUGGAAGCUCUGAAUGGUUUGGUCCAGGAAGUAGAGUCAUUUUAACAACUCGAGAUGAACAUUUGCUAACUGAACUUGGAGUACAUGAAAAAUAUAAGGUCAAGGAAUUGAAUCGUGAGGAAUCUCUUCAACUUUUUAGCUGGCAUGCCUUUAGGAUGGCUCAUCCAAAAGAAGAUUACCAAAAGCUUUCAAUUAGUGUAGUUAAUUAUGUGAGAGGGCUUCCAUUAGCUCUUGAAAUUUUGGGCUCCUAUCUAUCUGGAAGAAGCACUAUAGAAUGGAAAAAUGCAUUGGAAAAACUAAAAAAAUAUCCUCAUGACCAGAUUCAAAAAACAUUUAGAAUGAGCUUUGAUUCACUAGAUGAUGAUACCGUGAAGGACACAUUCCUUGAUAUUGCGUGUUUCUUUGUUGGUAUGGAUAAAGAUUAUGCCAUCAAAAUAUUUGAUGGUUGUGGUUUCUUUCCUGAAAUUGGUAUUAAUAUUCUCAUUCAAAGGUCUCUUGUCACUAUCAUUGGCAAUGGGUUGUGGAUGCAUAAUCUAAUUCGAGAUAUGGGAAGGGAGAUUGUUCGUGAAAGAUCAUCCAACGAUCUAAGAAAACGUAGUAGAUUGUGGUGUCAUGAGGAUGUCUUACACGUGGUUAACAAACAAAUGGGAUCAGAAGCAGUUGAGGGUCUCAUUCUAAAUCCAUCUAAACUUGAAGAUGUACAUAUUAAAAUUGAAGCAUUUGCAAAGAUGAAAAAUUUGAGAUUGCUGCAAAUCAAUGGUGCAAAUCUCACAAGAUGCUAUGGACAUCUUUUUGAAGGGUUAAGAUGGCUUUGUUGGCAUAGGUGUCGUUUAAAAUUUCUCCCAUCAAAUUUUCAUUUAGAGAACCUUGUUAUCCUUGACAUGCAAGAUAGUAAUGUCAAACAAGUCUGGAAGGAGAUCAAAAUACUCAAUAGGUUGAAAGUCCUUAAUCUAAAAAAUUCCAAAUUUCUCACCAAGACUCCAAACUUCUUACAAUUCCCAAUUCUGGAGAUACUGAUACUUGAAGGUUGCACAAGUUUAGUUGAGCUUCAUGAGUCCAUUGGAAAUCUAGAAAGACUUGUUUUGCUAAAUUUAGCAGGAUGCCAUAACUUAAGGAAUCUUCCGGGAAGUACUUCUAACUUAAAAUCUCUUCAAAUUCUUAACUUGUCUGGCUGCUUAAAACUUGAUAAGCUACCAGAGCAAUUGGAGAAUAUGAUAGCUCUAACGAAAUUGCAUGCGGACAGAACUGCUAUUAUGCAACUCCCUGCCUCCAUUGGUCUUUUGAAGAAUCUCGAAACUGUGUCAUUAUCAGGAUGUGAAGGACAAUCUUCAAAAUCUUGGUUAUCGCGUUUCUCAUCGUGGAUAUCACCAAAAAGCUCCAUUCCCACACAUUUCCUCCCAGCUUCCAUUUCUGGACUAUGCUCUUUGAGAAGGCUAGAUCUCUACGAUUGCAAUCUGUCUGAAGAUGGGUUUCCAAUUGAUCUUGGAUGUUUGUCUUCACUCGAGGAAUUGGAUAUAGGAAGAAACAAUUUCCUUAAUCUACCUCAUUGCAUCGGUCGCCUUCCUAAGUUAACUACAUUGAUGUUAAGUGAGUGCGCGAGUCUUCAAUCAAUUUUAGAACUCCCCGCAAGUUUAUGGAUUUUAGAUGCAAGUGGCUGCACAUCAAUAGAAACACUCCCAAAUCUGUCGAACCUGAAAAGUUCGCCUCAUCUUUACUUAGCAAAAUGUCAGAAAUCGGUUGAGAUUCAGAAAUUGGUUGAGAUUCAGAAAUUGGAGAGUUUGGAAAUUACAGCAAUAAUUCACCUGGAAUAUUGCAACAAUCUAGCAUUUAAUUUUAGGAGGAGUCUUCUUUCGCAGUUCCUGUCCAAGCGUGACAAGGAUCAAGGCAUUUUCCUCCAGGUUCCAAAUCUUCGCUUGUGCCCUGAAAGGCACAAGCGAAAGGCACCGAGACACCGACAGAACUAUCUCGACGAAAGGCACCGGGACAUCAAGUUGUUCGUGUUAGUGAUAUUCCUGCUCUUGGUCACUUCAGUGGUGCUCAAGUCAGUGCAGCAACAAUUCUUGACAUUGCUAAUGAGAUAAAGUCCAAGACAAGAGGUCCUACCGCAUGUGCUGUGAGAUAAAGUCCAAUCUAGAAGUAGCGAAGCAAAAUGAUGAGGUGAUUAUAUCCGAAUAUGAUGUUGAACCCCAUAUCAUUCUGGUCUUCAAAGUUCUCUGAUUGCUUUGCUUUCCCACCUCAAGUUCUUGCUUUGUUUUCACUGUUGAGGUGUGAAAAAGAAUAAUGUGUUUGAUAAAAUGUGUGAGAAAAACUGAAAUUUUAAAUUCUAUUCUAAUGAUGCUGAAAUUGGAACAAACCUUUGGGUGGAAAUGGAGUGGAAAAGAUCUUGUCUGUGAUGAGAUCCUUUCUUUUUAUGAAGCUGGCUGCUGAAGACCGCUUGAGCAGAAUAUAGACUCUACAUUGUAUUUUUUUUUUCCGACUCAACUUCUAUGAAAAGGUUCCUACCAAGACACUGAGCCCUUUCCUUACUUUUUGGGAUAUAAAUUAAAAUUUUGGUGUGUCUGUUAAAAGAAUUCUAUCUAUGAUUCUCGAUGAUUUUCAAUGUAUGAUGCCUAGAUAUAUAUGUUUAGAAGGUAUAAUCUGUUCAAAAUCUCCUGUAUUCUUUCAGUGAUUCUGAA